AUGAAGUUCUUGAUGAGCGUCUUCCGCGAGGCCAUGUCCGAGUUCUUCGGCAAGCGCGGCAUGCCUUGGCACGGCUGCAUGCUUGUCCGGCGCCCACUGCGCUUCGAGGCCGAUCGGUACGGCGAGGGAGAGUUCGUCUGCGAGUACAAACAUGCAAUGAUGCUCGCGUCGAAAGAGGACGGCUUUGCUACCCUAUCCGCAGUGCACAUCGCGCUCUCCGAGUACAAAUCUGAGAACCCGCACGUCUCGAGCGCCUUGGUCAAGACUGACGGAGCCGCCGCAUACGCGGGCGCGACCUUCACCCUCGGCCUCUCCUUCCUGGGUGAGACGACCGGCAUCGUCGUCCGCGGACACUUCAUCGGCGAAGCUGGGCAGAAUAAGUCUACUCUCGACGGCGAGUUUGCCGUCAGCGGGAGUCAGGUCCGCCGGCUCAUCUGCAGCGGCCUCCACGACGUCCGCACGCCGUCAGACCUAUUCCACGGGUUAGAGAAGGUGCUCUCCAAGCAGGGCGGCCGCACAGUCGCGCUCUUCCGGCCCGCCGGCAGCGAGGAGUUCGCCGUGGAGACGAUCGCUCGCCUCACCCUGAUGUCGGCCCGCGAGUACGUCUACGACGGGUCGGGGUCGUUCGAGGCGCUGCUGCUCCGCCGCCAGUCCUUUCUGGGGCAGGGGGAGCGGCUGACCUCGGCCGACCUCUUCCCGGACGGAAGGGUCGCGCCCACCGCGCCUCAGGUCGUCGCCUCGACGAGCCGCGGGGCGGCGGGCAGCUCGGGGCAGCACGAGCUCGUCGCACGAAGCGACGACAGGGGCCGCGAGGGCAAAGCGGACCGGAAGCUCGUCGCACGAAGCGACAGGGGCCGCGAGGCGCGGGCGAAGGCCAAGGCGGAGCGGAAGGAGGCGGCACAGGCGAAGGUGGCGGCGGAGCGCCGCCGUCUCGCUUCGGAGGCCUCGGUGGCGCGAUCGACAGCGCGGUCCUACCGAUGCUGCGACAUGCCUGGCGGCAUGCCCGGCUGCGAUCGAGUCUUUGUGCGCCUAGGGGCGUUAAAGAGGCACCUGGAGCAGGGUCGCACCAACCCGGAUGUGCACCAGUGCGGUUAUGUCCGAUGCUACCCCGCCGGCGCGCCUGUCGGCAGGGCGAGCGCCGGCGACGUGCUUGCGCGAGCGGUUGCCGCACAGGCAGGGCGUGUCACCAUCCACGGCGGCGAGGGCGGCCUCGCCUCGCCCACCCUCUGCCCGGUGGCCGAGCUGCAGCUGACGCUGUGCGAUGGGACCGUGUGCAAGCCGACCCCUCCGGAGGCUGGCUAUGCCAGUAACCAGCAGGGGCGGUCGAAGCCGCGCCGCAAGUCCGCCAUGCAGCUGACCUACGUCCUACUCGUCGGCCACGACGUGAAGGACGAGAAGGGGUACGAGAACCUGCACGGGCACGAGGCGAGCCAGCUCAUGCUGGAGUGGGGCACGGCCGGCUUUGCCAGCCGUUUUGCGGGGGUUGGCAAUGCGGCGGCCACGCAAGACGGGCAGCCGCACCUGCCGCGGACGGCGCAACUCUCGGCGAGCGAGCUCACGCCGCUGCUUAUGCUGCCCCGGGCGAAGCUCGAGGCUCGCAUCCUCAAGCUGAAGGCAAAGGAGCGGCGCCCCUGGGUCGCCGCAAAGACGAGGAAGCGGAAGCGCAGCGCCGUCCCUGCCGGCCGCAAGCAGAAGCCCGACAGCGCGGCCAUCCUGCGCUCGGCGCGCGUCAAGCUUCGGCGCGCGGGCUGGGACAUCGCCGCCGCAGUCGGGCAGAGGGGCGGGCGGCGGGCGGACCGCCUCACCGUCCCGGAGCUGAAGGCUCUCGUGGCAGGCCGCGGCUGGAAGCUGGGGAAGGGUGAGAAGGCCAACCAAGGCCCCCUGCUUGCGCUCGCCGAGCGGAAACGCAAAGAGGCGCGCGACGCGCACGCUGGCCGCCACGGCGGCGUCGCCCGGCCUGAGGACGGCCUGGACGAGUGCUGGGCGCCUCAGCCCGAGGAUGAGGGUGAGGAGUAG